AUGGCUCUCCGGGCGGCAUUCGAAAAUUCAAACGAAGUUGGGGUGUUUGCACAACUCACAAAUCACUAUUGUUUAACAGCAAUUGGAGGGUCGGAGAAUUUUCAUUCAACGUUCCAGGCGGAGUUUGGCACUCAUAUCCCAGUUAUCCAUACCACAAUUGGAGGAACGAGGCUCGUGGGAAGAUGUACCGUGGGAAAUAGAAAUGGUCUUUUGGUUCCGACAAUUACGACAGAUCAAGAGUUGCAACACCUUCGGAAUUCACUUCCAGAUUCAGUUCAAAUUCAGAGAGUAGAAGAACGUCUUUCUGCACUUGGAAAUUGCAUUGCCUGCAAUGAUUACGUUGCCCUGGUUCAUACAGAUAUCGAUAAGGAGACAGAGGAAAUUAUUCAAGAUGUGCUUGGUGUUGAAGUCUUCAGAGCAACUGUCGCUGGAAACGUGCUCGUUGGAAGCUACUGCGUGUUUACAAAUCAAGGAGGAUUGGUUCAUUUAAUGACGCCUCGCGAUGAAAUGGAAGAAUUGAGUCAUUUGAUUCAAGUGCCAUUGACUACUGGAACCGUCAAUAGAGGCUCAGACGUCAUUGGCGCUGGAUUGGUGGUUAAUGACUGGAGCAGUUGUGGAAUGGAUUCAACCGCUGCGGAGCUGCGUACCAUCGAAAAAAUAUUCAAGCUAAUUAACGAAGAGUCACAAGAAGGAGCCCCAGAUCUUCAACUUCGAUCUAGCAUGAUUGACACUCUUUCAUAA